CAAAUCAACACGUUCAGAUUCAGAAAGAACACAGAGAGAAAGAGAGAACUCCGGUCGGUGUCGGUGUUUGAAACUGAAACAAUGGCAGUAAGCAUAUCCUUAGCCAAAAAUGUCAUCUUCAACCUCUGCAAGGCCUUCCCCAAUGCCUCUCCUUCUCCAACUCUCAGAUAUUCCACCAAGAUUUCAAGGGUCUCUUUCACUACUUCCGCCUCUAAGCAACCAUGGAAUGGACAUGGCGUGGAUGCGAACCGAGACCCGAGACCGGAUUUGGCGUAUGAAGAUGCGAAGGGAAGAGCGAAGGAAGGAGCCCAAGACAUGAAGGAGAAGGCGAAAGACUACGCCGAGGGGACGAAAGACAUGGCGAAAGAAGAAACCAACAAGGCUGCGGAGACAGCGCGGGCUGCGAAGGAGAAAGUGAAAGACUACGCCGACGAUGCGAAGGAGAAGGCUAAGGAAGGGACGAACCGGGUAGCGGAGACGGCGGAGGAUGCGAGCGAGAGAGCAAAGGAAAGUGCGAAGGGAAUGAAGGAGAAGACGGAGGAGAUGGCGAAGGAGGGGACGAAGAAGGCGACGGAGACGGUGCAGAAUAUUGGGGAGAAGGCGAAGAAAACAGUGGAAGGGGCAUGGGAGGCGGCUAAGGAUACAACGCAGAAGAUAAAGGAGAGGGUUGUAGGGUCAGAUGAAGAUGAAAGGGAUGAAGAUGUUGUGGAUCUUAGGAGGAGUGGGAGAAAGUUGGAUGAUUAAAAUAAGGGGUGGGGUUCCUUUUAAUUGCAUCAAUGAAAUUUCAUGUUGUUUUAGGCUUUUGAUCAAGAGAUAUUCUGUGUGUUGUGUGGGAACUGUGGAAUAAGGUAUAGAUAUUUGAAGGAAGUUUGUUUUGUUAUCCACUUUAAAGUGUGUAUGAAUUUAAACACACCAAGGAAUUUGUU